AUGAACUGUGACCGAUUUGGACCGUCGGGAAAACUGGUAUACUUGUCUAACUGUGUUACAGCUAUUCAUCAGCCAAUUCCUGAAGACGCGACGACUGUUCAUUCAAUGUGCAAAUACCAAAACAUCGGUAGGCAAAUACCGUCAAUGAAUGAUAUAACCCCGUCAACCAUUCAAGUUGCACAGGGACCGCAAAUUCCAGGAUUUUAUCCUCUUGUAUCAUGUCAGGUUGGUGCGCCGCCAGAAGAUGGGAUCACUUCAUGGGAAGCACGUUCCAGUCCUGUGUUCAGGUGGGUCGAGGAGACUCCUGCACAGUCGGGGCUAUUCCCCAGCGCUCACUUAAACACAUCCAACUCAGUAACUCAUUGUGAACUGUUCACAGAGGCCGAACCGACCACAUCCUUUCAAUCUCCUUUACAUACUCCAGCCUUCUACAAUAUUGUGACUUCAGUUACCCAACCAGUGAACUGUAACGUCUCCACGGGCGACCUCAGCGACUUAAAUGCUGAGGUGGAUGGUGUGGAAGACACACAUUUUGAAAGUUUGCAGCUCAUACAAGAGUGUCUCACAACCGAAUCUCUGCUUUCUGAUGAAUACUCACGCAUUGUGCUCCCUCCUGUGCAUGAUGUUCUGUCAUCGACCUCCACCACGGGUUGUUCGAACGUUACUGCACCACAAACUACCUCUAUCAUACCUGUUGCGCCUCAAACAUACUCCUUAUCUACUCAACCCACCUUCUUGCCCAACUCCACUGUGAGAUCAGAACGCAUUAAACGACCAAUGAAUGCGUUCAUGGUGUGGUCUAGAGCGCAACGCAAACGGCUAGCCAUGGAGAAUCCAAAACUACACAAUUCCGAAAUAAGUAAACAACUGGGUUCAAUGUGGAAAUCACUCACUGAGGCAGAAAAAAUACCCUAUGUUGAGGAAGCCAAUCGAUUGCGUGACUGUCACAUGCAAUGUUACCCGGAUUAUAAAUAUCGUCCUCGAAGAAAACAACAUAGAGGAAAAUUCAAGCCAAAGUUCCCCGGACAAUUCAGUCCGCAACUGAAAGUCAAAAUCAGACCAAUCUCCGUCGAGAAUUACAGUGGAAAAAACGUGGAAACUUUCAAAACGGAUGCCGACCGGGGUUAUCUGUCGGAUCAGACCGUCUACACAGUUGUUCCGGUGAGCUACACUCAAAGUUCAACGGAGGUGAAUUCAGCGGUUCUUGCUAAUCCCGCAGAUGCCUACACAAUUUCUAUUAAUGUUCCAGAACAAAACACAUCCGAAUGUGCUUCGCUAAACUCGGAUCCCUUACCGGAAUGUUCUUUCGAACACUACCCGGCAAUUAGUAGAUCUAACAACUGCACCAGUGGGGAACCGGAUCUGAUGCCACUUACAAUGUCAAAUCAAGAUCUGCCAGGAAUGAUGGUUGAUUCACAGAGUGAUUCAUCCCUUCAGUUAUCCUCCUGCGUGAGUGACUGGCUUCCAGUUCCUUUGGGUUCACCAGGAAACAAUGUGAAAUUCGACGAAUCUGACAGCUUAGAUAUGUCAAGCUUCUGA